CUCGGUGCGGGGCUCGGUGCGGGAUUCAGUGCGGGGCGGGCAGCGGGGCUCAGUGCGAGGUUUGGGGCUCGGUGCGGGGCUGGCCGGCUCGGCAGCUCCCGGCGGCCGCCCUCCCUGCUGGAGAAACCUGUUGUUUUGGAAGCUGCACAGUGGAGUAACCUCUGCCCCGAGUGAUACGACGAGAAAUCACCCCCUGGCCGGGACCCAAGCAAAACACGGGAUUAACUUUGCCCUGCGCUGGCUUGUCGGGAGGCGGUGAGCGCCGCUGCAGCCGCGCCAGAGCGGAGCCUGCGAGGAUGGGGGCCAGGCUGCUCUGCCUGGGCCUCCUCACGGCCCUCCUCGGCUACUACAUCUACAGCCCGCUGCCCGAGGAGCUGGCCCAGCCCGGCACGGUGAUGCUCGUCUCGGCUGCCCUGAGGGCCCUGGGGCACCUGUCGGAGGCGGCUGAGCUGCUGGGGCUGAUGCACUACAUGGAGGGCUUGAGGCUGUUCACGGCUGUCGAGCUGGUCGCUCCCACAUCCGAUGAAAACGUCACUGUGACAGACACGGAGCUCAGCGGCGUCCCCGUCCGCCUGUUCCUGCCCCGGAGGGCGCCCGGCGGGCUCAGGAGGGCCGUGCUCUACUUCCACGGCGGCGGGUGGUGCCUGGGAGACGCAGGCAUGCACGGCUAUGAUCUCAUGUCACGGCGGACUUCAAACGAGCUGGAUGCUGUCGUGGUGUCAGUCAACUACAGGCUGGCCCCUCCGCACCAUUUCCCUGCCCAGUUUGAAGACGUGUACUCGGUGACCAAGUUCUUCCUGCAGAGCCAGGUCCUGUCCCAGUACGGGGUGGACCCCGCGCGGGUCUGCGUGGCCGGGGACAGCGCCGGGGGCAACCUGGCUGCGGCCGUGGCACAGCAGCUCUCGGAGGACCCUGACGUCAAAACCAAGCUGAGAGCUCAAGUCCUGAUCUACCCGGCUCUGCAGGCGCUGGACCUGGACCUGCCGUCCUACCGCGACAACGCGCACAAGCCGCUGCUGCCGCGGUCGCUGAUGGUGCGCUUCUGGAGCGAGUACCUCAGCUCGGACCCCGCGCUGCGGGAGGCCAUGGCCUCCAACCGCCACGUGCCGCCCGAGGCCGGCCACCUGCUGCCACGUGUCAACUGGAGCCGCUGGCUGCCCGCCGGCAUGCGGGGGGCUCACGCCUACGAGGCCCCGGCCGCGGGCGGCGCGGCGCUGGCCCGGCGCUACCCCGGGCUGCUGGACCCGCGCGCGGCGCCGCUGCUGGCCGGCGAGGCCCGGCUGCGCGGGCUGCCCCCGGCCUUCGUGCUGACCUGCGAGCACGACGUGCUGCGCGACGACGGCGCCAUGUACGCGGGCCGGCUGCGCGCCGCCGGCGUGCCCGUCACCCACCACCACGCCAAGGACGCCUUCCACGGCGCCGUGACCUUCCUGGCCUGGCCGCUGGAGCUGGCCGUGGGCCACCGGCUCUUCAACGCCUGCUUGGACUGGCUGAGGGAGAACCUGUGAGCGGAAAACCGGCCCCGCACGCGCGCCCGGUGUGACUGGAGCCCUGCUGGGUUUUGGCCACGAUUGCCGUCCCCUUUGCAAUUGCGCCGUGCUGGGGCUGCAGCGUUUCCCAUCUUGUCUGGCAGGAAAUCGGUCUGAUGCUAACCCACGCCUUCCUCCAGUGCUGUCAUCUGAACCUCAAACCCCCAGACUGCUAGGACUGCCCCGCGGCUCCUUCUCUGGCCCUGCAGCCUCCGGGAUCUGGCGUCUUGUCUCUGCUGCUGCUCCGUUCUUCCUGCCGCAUCUCCAGUCCGGGGUGCGUGCCCAAGGGCCGGGUGGCUGUGGGCACAGGGACGUGCUCCGUGGCUGCUUUCUUCCCGUCCCCUCUGGCUCCGUGGGACGUGGCAGCAGGGCCCCGCUGCUGCCAGGGCUGAUGGGGUGAAGGGAAGCACCAGGAGGCUGCAAGAGGCUUGGGGCAGCUGCAGGGACCUGCCCAUCGCAGGCUGGGCUGGGGCUGCUGUUCCUGCCCUGCACAGCUUGAGGGAAGCACCUGGAAACCCAGUGGGAUGGCCAAAAAAUUGUGCAAGUGCUUUGGGCUUUGCUUGUUUGUUUGCUUUGGGGGUUUUGUUUAUUUGGGGGUUUUUUGUUGUGGUUUUGUUUGGUUUUUUUUAAGCACGUAUCUUACUCCUACUUCCUUUCUUUAAUCCUUGCACUAGCAGGAAAUAGGGAAUCAAACCAGCCCUGGAUAUUCACUGGAAAAAGGAAGCUGUGAAGGUCCCAGACUUACGAUAACACUGCUGCAUGGUCUGUGCCCUACUUGUCUCUUAAGUCAUGUACUAGGUGUUCUAAUUGUCCUUGAAAUUUUUUAUCAGAUUUCACAUAUGAUUUCUUAAAAGUAGAAUUAGCUUAGUAGCUUUACAGGCUUGGAAAAGAAACAUAGUUUAGCUGGCUGUGUGGAGCAAAUAACCUCUGUGUAAAUGUUUCGUGUGUUAAAUAUAAACCCUAAAACUUUUGACUGAAGCAUGAAUACAAGGGUUGGCUGUUGGUUUAAGUAAAUCAACCACUGGGCAGGUACUUCAUGUAUCCUGCUUUUCUUUUGCAUAAACGGUACUGAAUCUUCAAUAAUUCUGGGCUGUUUCUCCGGAGUGUCUCUGGCCUGUUCAGAGGGAAUGUGUACGGGAUGAUUGCUGUUCUCCAUCUUCAUUCAGUUGAAUAUAAACAUUAAAUUGUUUUUGAUUCCAGUG